AUGGAUAUUAACCUUCAGUCUCACCGUUUUUACUUCCCUCAGAUUUACUGUGAUGGAAAUGCGCAGGUCAUCGAAUAUAAAGUCAGUGAGCAGAGUAUCUGCCAGGCCCGUGCCUCUGUGAUGGUCUACGAUGACACAAGCAAGAAAUGGGUGCCAAUCAAGCCAGGCCAGCAGGGAUUUAGCCGCAUCAACAUUUAUCACAACACUGCCAAUAACACCUUCCGUGUGGUGGGAGUCAAACUGCAGGACCAGCAGGUGGUCAUCAAUUACUCUAUAGUAAAGGGUUUGAAGUAUAACCAGGCCACGCCAACAUUCCACCAGUGGCGCGAUGCCAGGCAGGUCUAUGGACUUAACUUCGCCAGUAAGGAGGAGGCCACCACAUUCUCCAAUGCCAUGCUGUUUGCCCUCAAUAUGCUUAGCUCCCAGGAUGGAGGUCCAGCUGUUCAACGCCAGGUUCAAAAUGGACCAACUACAGAUGAGCUGGAGGCACAGAGAAGGCAGAUGGAGAUGCAGCAACAGCAGCAGCAAAUGCAGGCACACAUAGAAAGAGAGCGUCGGGCAUCCAACUCAGGUUCUCCAUUCCCAGGACACCCCUCAGUCCUCUCUGUGGCGCCCCCAAAUGCACCUCCCCCUAUGUCGAUGGGAGGCCCGUGUCCCCCACCCCCACCUCCUCCUGGUCCACCCCCUCCCUCUGCAGGGGCACCUCCCCCUCCACCACCUCCACUCCCAGCAGGUGGAGGAGGGCAUGGCUUCCACGGAGGUCAGCAAGAGGAGCCACAUGCCCCCACGGGCCUGGCUGCCAUGAUUGCAGGAGCCAAACUGCGCCGUGUGCAACGACCUGAGGAGAGUUCGGGUGCCAAAAACGAUGCCAACCGGACAAGCGGGGGCAGUGGAGGCCUAAUGGAGGAGAUGAACGCCCUGCUGGCACGAAGACGGAAAGCUGCAGACCAGUCAGAAAAUGACAAGAAAGAUACAGACCGCCAAAAUGAAGAUCCAAACCUGUCGCCCUCUCCCUUGGGGAGACAACAGAGUGCGUCAGAUGGCGUGAAGAAGCCAUGGGAUCGAGCCAACUCUGCAGAGAGAUCAUCACUGGUAUCAAGGGUACGACCAGUGGGGAGCAGCAGUGAUACAGACGCCUUAGACUUUGACAGAAUGAAGCAGGAGAUCUUGGAAGAAGUUGUCCGUGAAUUGCACAAGGUGAAAGAUGAAAUCAUUGAUGCCAUUAGACAAGAACUUAGUAGAAUUAGCACGACAUAA